CGGCAAUGUUUAAAUGUCACUUUUGAAAUCCGUUGUGUGACAGGUUAUCUGAAAUUACCGAAAAAACGAACUUUCUUGUGUGUUUUAACGGUUUCCACAAACAUUCGAUAUGAUAGUUAGUUUAUAAGUUACGAAGCAAGAAAAUCAGUUAAAAUGAACUCAAAUGCAGACGUAUUUAUUGCAAAACCAGCGUUCACCUAUAAAGACCUUUUGCUACGAAAAUUGUAUUACUCAGUGCUGUGCAGUGUGUUCUCGCAAUUGGUACUUUUACUGGUGUAUUUAUUGAUAACAAAAUUCGAUUUAUUUCACCCAAUAACCUGGAUAAAAUCGACAUUGGUGACAUUUGUAUCCCUCACCACAUGGCUUUAUUUAGUGCCAUUAAUAGUGAUUAUUUUCGCACAGAGUGUAAUAUGUGCCAAAGAUUAUGCGUUUAAAUCGACGUAUUGCUCAACGAGGUUUCAGAAAUUGAUAGCAGUGUUUUCGAUACAUAAUUUUGUUCUGCUUAUAUUGCACGUUGUUGUUGGGGGGUUAUUGGUGUGGAUGUUUUUGUCGCUAAGCGGAGGGCCAUAUCAAAGUAUCACAACUACAUGCAACAAAAAUGGAGCUUGUGUGGUGGAAGGAAAGUUUUUGCUGAUAUUGAACGGGUUAUUCAUAGGGUUAUACUUUUUUUUGAAGGUGUAUUUAACCGAGAAACGUAUAUUUUUUCCUGUUAUUCAUCAGGGUAAGCUAAGGCAGUUUAAAGCAUCCAUGUUUCCUCUAAUUAAAGAAUGUUUAGUGUCGGCUGUGGCCCCAUCGCUUUACUUCAUGCUGUUUUAUUUCAUUUGGGGUAGUCAACUUUUGAAUGGCUUCAAAAAGUUUUUUAAUCUCCAACCCCCUCAAACAAACGAAGGAAAUUCGGUUUAUUUAUAUGCUUGGUUGUUCGGGGCUUUAUACUACUUCAGCAUGAAUUUGAUGAGAUUUUUCUUCAACUUGUUUUUGACAGAACCAGUGGAGUUUCCAUUGGUAAAACAAAACGACGAUUCUUUAACCCUACAAGCAAGUAUAAACAUGAACAACUUCCCCAUCAUACAAAGUUUGGCAUGUUUGGACUUGAAGAUAUUGUCCCAAUGGUUUCCGGAGAGAAGGCAGGUUUUUUUCACUCUGUCACAACCUGGAGGCCAUCCCCACAACUGGAACGGUUUGGUUGAAAACAUAUUGAAGUUGUACGCGGAAUAUACAGAAUUACUGAACAAAUCAACAGAUACAAUUCAACCAGAAAAAAGUGCACCGCAAAGUUCCAUGAUGAGCCCUGCAUCGUGCCUAAGUCCGAUGCAGUCAAAUAGAUACAGAAACUUUAGGAACAUGUCGAUGACAUACGGAAACGAUUUGGUGGAUAUUGUGGAUAUUUCCCAUCAAAACUUACCGGGCGUUAAUCUACCUGAAACAAUAUUCCAUGUAAUACAAGAAAAAAUUAUUAACUUCUUCAAUCUUCUUAAGGUAGUCUUGGGGAUUAACUUUAUGUUUGGCGAGUUGCCCCAAGCAAACAUACAGAAGUGUUUAGCCAAUGGGCAUCUAAUAAUUCAAACUAGCGAGGGUUUAUCCGAGUUAAUAUGCAGAUCGAUAAUUGAAGACCGUUUUGGGAUCGUACAGAAAGAUUUACCCGUGGUUAUAACAAGUUUGGUUGAACUGAAACAAAGUCUGGAAAGACUGAACAAAAUCCCGGCUCUAACGCGGAAAAUGGUCGGUUACGAUGAUUUCAACUAUAAAAUGAAAGGGGCUGUUACAGCUGCUGUGAAGAGAAGUUUGUUUAACAUCUGUAAACAUUUCGAAAAGUAUUUGCACGAAUUCCCGUUGAGUAAAGAAGUAGUGCUGCAAUUACAGCCGUUUGUGGCUAAAAAUUAAGUUUUUAUUUGUUUAAUUUGCGAUUUUUACUUACUGAGUUGUAUUUAUUGGACCAAAAUGUUUAUUUGUAAAAAUAUGCAAAAUAAAUUUUUUUCUAGUUUU